CGAUACGAACUCCAUCACAGAGCUGUUGUGCCUCGUUACUAACACAUGAAUUCAGCAACACUUCUCACGCACCGUUAACAAAACACCGUUUUAUCAUCGCGACAUGAGCCAAAUCAAAGAAAAUGGAGUCGAGUCUACCUCCAAGAACAAUGCUGAAAAUCCAAAGGUGCGCUUUAAACAAUUGUACAAGAAAGCAUUGGACCUGGGCCUCUCUGAAGAAGAUUUUAACAAAAUUGAUGCCAUUAAGGAGAUACGGAAAGCAAUUCAAACAGAUGAUGUUCUUUCGCGAAUAUGGAAUAUUGUUUGGAAAUGUUGUCUAUUGGUUCUUUCUAUUACGUCAUUAAUCGUUGCAGUUGCAGUUUUUGUUUUUGUCUUCCAAUGGCCAAUUGAAAAUAAAACUUUAUUCAAAGUUUGGUUUGCAUUAACUGGGGAAGAAGCCGGCUCUGAACGUUCAGAAAUAUGUGCUGUGAAUGCCAUUGACUACAUGGCCGAGAUGUUUAGACCUCCGACGUCAUGUGAUUUUUGUCGUAAUGUGUCGUCUGUCGAAAAAUUGGAGCAUGUGUCUCCAGACUUAUUUGAAAAAGUGUAUGCAUAUAGUUCGGUACCAGUUGUAAUCACCGACGGUACCAAAAAUUGGACUGCUUCCAAAGUAUUUUCGUACAACUUUUUCAAGUCUUUAUAUUCAAGUGGCAGUCCUGCUUUGCAGAAUGUUGAAGAAAAUUGUCAAUUCUUUCCGUACAAAACGAAUUUUUCAACCUUGGAAGAAGUGUUCGAAAUGAAUGAAGACAGAGCUCUGAUGAAGGACGGAUCUGCCCCUUGGUAUAUAGGAUGGAGUAACUGUGAUCUGUCGGCCGCCAACACUUUGAGAGGACACUACAGCCGGCCAUACUUCCUCCCCCAGGUCGCUGAAUCCAGCAAGACGGAUUGGAUAUUUAUGGGCAGUCCUGGAUAUGGAGCAGACUUGCAUAUAGAUGCAGUAGAGCAUCCCUCUUGGCAGGCGCAGAUAACUGGUACCAAACGCUGGACUCUGGAACCUCCCCCAGAAUGUUAUUUUCAGUGUCCUAAAAGUAUUCAAGUCGUCAUUCACCCCGGGGAAAUAAUUGUCUUGGAUACAAACCGUUGGUACCAUUCAACUCUGAACGUGGGAGAUGAUAUCAGUAUCACUAUUGGAUCGGAAUACGAUUAAAGGUGUUUGAUUU